AUGGCCUCCAGAAUCGUUGAAUUCAAGACCUAUGACGGGCUCAAGCUCCAAGGAACUCUGUUUUCCGCCGGCGAGAAACGACCAUGCAUCAUCAUGACGACCGGUUUGGGCGGCCUCCGCGAACAACAUCUCCCCGACUUCGCCGAGCGCUUCCAGGCGGCCGGGUUCACCGUGCUGACCUAUGACAACCGAUGCUGGGGCGGCAGUGAGGGCCUGCCGCGCCACGAGGUAGACCCAAUCCUGCAGAGCCGCGACUACGCAGAUGCGUUUGCCUUUGUGUUGACACUGCCCGACGUCGACGCGGAAAAGAUUUUGUACUGGGGCACUAGCAUGUCAGGUGGCACAACUAUUUACGCUGCAACACUUAACAAGAAGAUCGCGGGCGUCAUUAUCCAGGUGCCUUUUGUGUCGGGCGAGUGGCAAUCAAAGGCAUCAGGAGAGUCGCCUAAUGGGCUGAUCAUGGAACGCGCACAUGCCAUCGCAACCGGCAAGCCGACCACGAUUCCCAUUGUGCCUGAGUCGCGGGAGUCAGUCCUGAACGGAACAAGCCAGGCGGUGCUCAACAAGCCCGAGGUCCUGCCCUUUUUGGGCGAAUUGGACCGGCGCGGUUGGGUGUUUGAAAAGGCGAUGACGGUGCAGAGCAUGGCCAACAUCGCCAUGUUUGAGCCCCUAGCCUACACCCACCGCAUCUCGCCGACGCCGCUGCUCAUAGUGGUCAGCAGUAACGACGUGACGGCAGCAACGCACAUGCAGCUCGAGGCCUUUGAGCGUGCGAGGGAGCCCAAGAAGCUGCAUCUGUUGUCAGGUGAAGACCACUUUAGCCCGUACUCUAGCGAGGCGUUUGAGAAGAACAUCAAGGCCCAGAUUGCGUUCCUCACUGAGACAUUGGGUCUAUAA